GCGUCCUCUCUUCGCUUUUACAGGUCUAAAACCCUUGUCCCUUUCUCUCCCAAUUCUCAUUUUCCCCUUUCUUCGAGUUUUCUUGCAGAGCAACAAUGGCGGCGGCUACAUUACUGUCGCAUUUCGUUGUUUGUCUCUGUUUGUUACCUUUUACACAUCUUUAUGCUUCUUCGAACUCGGAUUUUGACGCUUUAAUGGCGUUCAAAGCGGCGUCUGAUGAAGGGAAUAAGCUCACCACAUGGAACUCUUCUUCGAAUCCGUGCGCUUGGAAUGGAGUCUCUUGCCUCAGAAACAGAGUCUCGAGGUUAGUUCUUGAGAAUCUUGAUCUUACAGGCUCUCUUGCACCUCUUACUGGUUUGACUCAGUUACGAGUGUUGAGCCUUAAGCGGAAUCGUCUCUCCGGUUCCAUUCCCGAUUUCUCCAACUUCACCGCUCUUAAACUCGUGUUUCUCUCUUAUAAUCAAUUUUCUGGCGAUUUUCCGGCGUCUUUGAUGUCUCUUGUCCGUCUCUACCGUCUUGAUCUCUCUCACAAUAACUUCACCGGAGAGAUUCCGGCCUCUGUUAACCGUUUGUCUCAUCUUCUUACUCUCCGCCUCGAAGAAAACCGGUUUUCUGGUCCUGUUUUGGAACUGAACCUGCCGAAUCUUCAGGAUUUCAACGUUUCAGCGAAUCGUCUCUCAGGUCAAAUCCCUAAAUCGCUGUCGACGUUUCCGGCGUCUUGUUUCGGCCAGAACUUGGGUUUGUGUGGAUCUCCUCUACAGAGCUGCAAUGGCAUUGUUACUAACCCGACGGAACCCGGAUCCGAAGGAGCCAUUGCGUCCCCCAUAACACCGCCGCGGAAUCUAACAGUUUCAUCUUCUCCGACAUCGCUUCCCGGAGUUACGCCGGGGAACACCCACCACAAAGGCACCGGGAAGAUAGGUUCUCUGGCGCUAAUCGCUAUAAUUCUCGGCGAUGUAUUGGUGUUGGCAGUAGUCUCGCUUCUUCUCUACUGCUAUUUCUGGAGAAACUCCUCCGACAAAUCCCGAGAUAGUAAGGGGCCGAAGCUUCUUGAGAGCGAGAAGAUCGUUUACUCGUCGAGUCCAUAUCCAGCUCAGGCCGGAACAGAGAGGGGACGGAUGGUGUUCUUCGAGGGAGUCAAGAAGUUCGAGCUCGAAGAUUUGCUUCGAGCCUCCGCGGAAAUGCUCGGAAAAGGUGGGUUCGGAACUUCAUACAAAGCGAUUCUCGACGACGGCAAUGUCGUGGCGGUGAAACGGCUGAAAGACGCGCAGGUCGGAGGUAAACGAGAGUUUGAGCAGCACAUGGAGGUGCUCGGAAGGUUGAAACAUGAACAUAUUGUAAGCUUGAGAGCUUACUAUUUUGCGAGAGAGGAGAAGCUUUUGGUUUAUGAUUACAUGCCCAAUGGCAAUCUGUUCUGGCUUCUUCAUGGAAACAGAGGCCCUGGACGGACGCCGUUGGACUGGACGACGAGGUUAAAGAUCGCCGCCGGAGCAGCCAGAGGUCUGACCUUCAUUCACAACUCCAGUAAGUUUCUCAGGCUUGUUCAUGGCAAUGUGAAAUCCACUAACAUUCUUCUGGAUCAAUCGGGAAAUGCUCGAGUUUCCGAUUUUGGAUUGUCACUUUUCACUCCCCCUUCCACUCCUCGAUCCAACGGCUACCGAGCGCCGGAGUGCGGCGAAGGUCGGAAACUGACACAGAAAUCCGACGUGUAUUCAUUUGGGGUUCUUCUUCUCGAGCUGUUAACUGGAAAGUGUCCUUCUGUGAUGGAGAAUGGUGGGCCAGGAGGCGGUGGAUACGGCGGCGUGCUGGAUUUGCCGCGGUGGGUUCAGUCAGUGGUGCGGGAGGAGUGGACGGCGGAGGUUUUUGAUUUGGAGCUGAUGAGAUACAAAGACAUCGAAGAGGAAAUGGUGGGGCUUCUGCAGAUUGCAUUGACUUGUACUUCCGCUUCGCCGGAUCAACGGCCGAAAAUGAUCCAUGUGGUGAAGAUGAUCGAUGAGCUUCGUGGGGUGGAGGUGUCGCCGUUCCAUGACGGCUCCGACUCGGUGACGGAGUCGCCGUCGGUGUCGGAGGGGACUUGCGGCGGCGGCGGCGGCGGAGGAGGAGCCAGUAGUCAGUAAACGACGUGGAGAUCAAAGUGUAGUUGUUUCUAAAUUAUUGGGCAUGGAGUAGUACUAGUGUGUGUACAUUCAUUGGUUCUUAUUUUAUUUUUAAAUUGCUUUUAUUUCUAGGAAAAUAAUAAUUUAGAAAUUUGUGUUUUUAAUCUUCCAU